UCCGCAGGCGGUACGAUGGCGAUCGAUACGGCAGUAAAAUGUUCAAAGUGGGAUAUUUUGAGAAAAGCUCGACAUGCAGGAAGGGAAACGUGCAUGACACCUGAUAUCAAAUGUAACGUCAAGCUAGCCAGCCAGUCCACCUGGGAGGACCACAUCUAAGACCUAAACGCCAGAAGGACGUCAACACAUCCUUAACAUUGUCCCACCACCAGAAGCAAGAGAUAUUGCCAUGGAAGACCAACUGAUGGAGGGCAACUUAAUGUGUAUACCAUAACCAUAAUCAAACAUGUACCUUCUUUUGGGCUGACAUCGCUUGAUAAUAGCUGCUAUGGCUUUUUGUAAUGAAAGCCUGCUGGAGGAGUGCGGCUUCAUGGGGCCGGACAAUGUAGAGGAAGCAGCAGAAAGUCUCCCGUCAGAAGCCACGACUCCCCUCAUAUCAGUCACUCUGCGUGUGACCCUGGCAGCCAUAAUGAUUUUCAUGAUUACUAUUGGUUUCCUCGGCAACGCGAUUGUGUGUCUGAUUGUUUACCAGAAACCUGCCAUGCGUUCUGCUAUCAAUCUCCUCCUCGCCACGUUGGCCUUUUCGGACAUUAUGCUCUCUCUGCUCUGCAUGCCCUUCACUGCAGUCACUGUGGCCACUGCCGACUGGAGCUUUGGAAGCGGGUUCUGCCGAGCGUCCAUCAUGCUGUACUGGCUGUUCGUCCUGGAGGGGGUGUCCAUCCUCCUCAUAAUCAGUGUGGACCGUUUCCUCAUCAUUGUGCAGCGGCAGGACAAGUUGACCCCACACAGAGCUAAACUGUUGAUUGCAGGUUCAUGGUUGCUGAGCCUGUGUGUGUCUCUGCCGUCUGUAGUCGGGUGGAGGACGGGUGCAGCAGGUAUUGGGGGUGCCUGGGCGCCGCAGUGUGUGCUGGGAUACAGUGAAUCUUUGGCAGACCGGGGAUACACAGUGCUGUUGGCAGUGGCAGUAUUCUUUGUACCAUUUGCUGUCAUGCUGUACUCUUACAUGUGCAUCCUCAACACAGUGCGCCGCAACACCCUGCGCAUCCACAACCACACCAGUGAGCAUUCCUGUUUGCCAGCCCUCAACCAAGUCAGCAAAAUGAGACUGACUGGGCUGCAGCGGCCCCCGCAGAUCAAGGUGGACAUGAGCUUCAAGACCCGAGCCUUCACUACCAUCCUCAUCCUCUUUGUCGGCUUCUCGGUGUGCUGGUUGCCGCACACGGUUGUCAGCUUGCUGGCCGUGUUCAGCCGUCGGUUCUACUACAGCUCGGUCUUUUACCCAAUCAGCAUAGGCGCUCUUUGGCUCAGCUACCUGAAGACGGUCUUCAACCCCGUCAUCUACUGCUGGAGGAUUAGAAAGUUCAGGGAGGCCUGCAAGGAGUUCAUUCCCAAGAGCUGCAGACUGUGUCCCAGAGUGCCAGGCAGGAGCCGCAGGAGAGUGAGGCCCAGCAACAUCUACGUGUGCAGCGAGACUCAGUCAGCUGUGUAAAACAAGGAGGACCAGUUGGUCGAUGCACAAACCAGCAGGUGUUGAAACUGCUAUCAACUGUUGUUUUUUUAACUCUGUUCCUCAUAAAAAGCAAUCAACGGUGAAUGACGUUCACCUUAAUACUAUACUGGUCAUUAACAAAAUAAUCUCACCACAAGAAUGAACUUUCAGUCUUCAUUUUUUAAGCCAACAUGGAUAAGAAGUCCUGAAAGUGCUCAGAGAAAUCAAAAUUUGAAUAUCGACAAUUUCGUGAGAACUGGACAACUCCAUCUGCUCAGGAAGGUUGUGGGAAGCAAUCGAAAGCUUGUGGUGAGAUUAUUGUGUCUGCUGCUUUCAGUCUACAGGUAUACUGGUGGAUAUAACUUCGUAGCCAUUAUGGUUUCUGAAAAUGAAUGCCAUCUAAACAAUUUCUUAUCCUCCAUUGUCAAUUGGCUUCUCUGUUUCAUCUCAUUUGUCCCUGAAGUGUUUCAUAAAUUUCAUUCUGUUUCUUCAGACUGUAGACUCAAUCUUUAGGCUUUGAGUAGUAGUGGUGAUAAUAAUUCUAUUGUCAGUUAUGUGAUGAGUUUAAAAAAAAAAAAUAAAGCAUACAAGGUAUUAAUGUUUAGUGAUGUUCUCAGAAAAUAGUCCGUAAUCUUUUAACUGACGUCUUUAAAAAGAACUUAUUUUAAUGAGAUUUGUGCAGAAACACGACCUUGUGCGAGUUGAAACUGUUGAGUGUGUCAACAAA